AUGGGAUCGGCCCAAUCUCGAAGCGCGCGUGAGCACCGUCGCGCGCGCGAUGAACAGCAAGAGCCUGUAGAAGCAGAGACACGUACAGGGUUGCGCCGCGGCCGUGACGAUGCGCCGAAUUCGCCGACACAGAGUGACUUGGAAUCAUCUCGGCGCCGCCGCCGGCUGAGCUUGGGACGCGUGCUGGGCGUACAUGGAAACGAGCGGGGAGAAGCGCCUACAGGGAGCACCUCUUUCCGUGCGCCCAUUCCACGCGCUGUGCCCAUUGGGAGCCGGGUCCAGUCGGGAUGGGGCCGAAGCGGAGCGUAUGUGCGUGCUGCAACGCAGCCGCCGGAGCAGGACAUGGCACAGACAGACGAUACGACGCACGUUUCGCAAAGCGAGGUGCCUGAAACUAGCUUGGAUCCUUUACAUGCCGAGCGACGAGAAACGAUCCAGAUGAUCGAGCGCGUGCUUGGCCGUCGGAUCGAGCCGAUACUUCCCCCAAAUGCACAGCCGCGCGAGCGUUCGAUCUCGCUGCCGGACACGGGGCAGGACAUGCUGCCCGAAACAGAAGCGCCAUCUUCCCCGCAUCCUCGCCUUAAUUCGCGCUCACUCCGAGGCACAUUUCCCCAUUUCGAGCAAAUGGGUCCCCGACGUGUGCGUCGCCCGAGCAAUCUCGGGCAAAAUGCGCCUUUCCGCUCGUCUUCUGCACUUGGUACGCUGCUGUCAGAAGUCAUCGGCGCGUCGCGUGCUGCGCGUCAUGGUGCAGCAGGCGCGCCGCUUUCUGGCACUUCGGUCAUUGUGCAAGGUGCGCUUGUUGCGCGAACGACCCCAAGUGCUGGUGCAAGCACAGAGCAAACGUCCCACGAAGCACAAACGGAUCCUGUGGCGAAUUCCGAUGCCACUCAAGCAGCACCGGGUACACAGGGCAUGCCCGGCGUCAACUCGCCACCCCACGUCGCAUCGCUGGAAGAGCAAGCCGAGAUGCUGGGCCGGAUCAUUCGCAUUGCCACUGCGGCAACAGCAGCGUCAUUGGUAAACAAUACGUCACCGCCGCCGGAAGCGGCGCAGGAAGCGCCCCCUAACAACAGUGGGCUUCGCUCGGAGCUGCUUGGGCGGCUUGUUUCGUUUUCCAAUCGCGUGCGCUCGACGUUCAACAGCCAAGAGGCACGGAAUGAACCGCAAUUUGCAGAGGAACAGGCGCAGCAGCCGUCCGAGACAGAGGCCAUGUCGACGAUUUCUCGCCUUAUGCGCGAGGCCCUGCGAACGACGAUUCCUUCCGACCGCUCUUCGACGCCCCCUGAAACGAUGCCUGCCGAGCCUCUGCUGCGCGCUUCCAUCCUAGAUAUGCUCGAGCAUGCGCGACAGGGACAAGCGCUCACCGAGGGCGAUCCCGGCACGUUUGAGCGGUUUUUGCACGACCUGAUUGUGGACCUCAACGCGGCAGUCCCUUGCAUUAAUCACGACGCGGUCCCGGGCACGGACGAGCCAACGGAGCCGCGUGAAGACGAAACAGGGGCCGAAGCGAGCACUAGGAUCCGCCGCGAAGGCGAUUUGAGCUGCGGCCAGCUUUCCUUCUUCCGCCUCCAUCGUUUCGAUCCAGCCGUGGGCUCGCCGCUGAUCCCUUGUGUUUUAGUGGGUGUGCGGAGCUUGCGUGCGGAUGAGCGGCUUGUUGGAAGCGAUGACCCCAUGCUCGGCCGUCCCGCACAGCCUUCGGCGCCUGGAAACGAUACCAAUGCCGCUUCCCCUGACGCGGGCAACACACAUACCAUGCAGGCGAAUGCGGGCACCUCUCGCUUUGUCCUGUUUGUCAGCGGCGGUCGCUACCAGGAAGACCAUCCAUUGCUGACAUCCCAGCCGCGCGAUGCCGGGCGUGAUUUGAUGUUUAUGAUGGAGCUGCUUGGGACGAUGGCGGCCAUGAGUGCCAAGCCACGGACCGCAACGGCGAGCGAUAUUGCUCGCAGUGGCUUAGCGCGUGUCCGGGCGAAUGAGCUUGCGGCAUUGCGCGACGAGGGAAAAGUAACAGAAAAUACCAGUGAAAAAUGCCUUGUGUGUUUGGAGGAUUGGGAGGCGGAAGACGACUGCCGUAUACUGUCCUGCCAGCACGUCUUCCAUGCAGAAUGUGUGGAUAAAUGGCUCGAGGAAAGCUCCAAUUCAUGCCCGCUGUGUCGUAGUCAAGCGGUAGCUAUGCAGUAG